AUGGCAAUACAAGAGGAAAAGUCGCGCAAGCGGAAGAGUGGCGAGGCGCAGCUGGAAGCAGCCACCGAUGGUGUCCGCAAGCCUCGGUUCAGAGACAGCCUGCGUUUGAGGCCCAUGCGCAUUAACAAGCUAAGUACUCGCAAGCCAACGGUGAACCCUCAUUAUUCAGAGGAUGAGGACGAUGCGGCGACUCUGAAACUGGAGACGGAUGCCCCUGUUCCCCCAACGAGCGCACCAAAAGAACAACGACUCAACCGUGCUUCAGACACAUCCGCCACAGCAUCUACUGCAGAUACCGCCCCUCUGUGUCUUCCUGGUACCAAGGUCUCGAAAUAUGCUGGUUGCGGCUCACCAUCUCACCGCCUCAACAUCUGCAUGAAAGCAGGCCUCCUGGACGGGUUGAUAAAAGGCUGCCCAUGGUGCAACACCCUAGAACACAGCCUCGCCAAUUGUCCGGAAACAAAGCACGAUCUAGCCAUGCAGCUGGAAGUCAUCCAAAUGCGCGCCAACACGCCAUCUUUUCAGCCGACACAAGACUGGGUCGACGUCGUCCGCGUUGCUGUCGCCAGCGGCCACAAACCUCCCAACGGAUUUCCUUGGACUACUCAGUUCACAAAAGCACUUCGCGGCAGUUUAUCGCUCUAUCAACGAGGUCUUGACAGAGUUGGCUUCACUCAAUAA